AUGUUUGACAGGCUGGUCGUUUGUACUGGACUCUUCCAAACACCAAAAGAGCCUCGUGUUGAAGGUCUCGACCAAUUCAGAGGUGAAGUACUAAAUGCCCAUACGUACAAAAGCCCAAAGAACUUCGACGGAAAGCGAGUAUUGGUUGUUGGACUUGGCUCCACGGCAACAGACAUUGCCCGAGGUCUUGCAGGCAGAGCCAAUCAAAUUUUCAUAUCUCACCGAAAUGGGUGCCUGAUGUUGCCGUACGGUAAGGCAAACGAUGUAUGCUUCCCCCCUCUCCGCGAGCAGCGGAAAGCCGCGAAAAGACCACCCUUUGAACAAGGCCGAAUGCUACACAAAGCCUUUCUCGAAAUGCAAGACGAAGCGUUUGAUCUGCGGCCAGAGUGGGGUCUUGCUAACGCUCCUGCAAUGCCUCAUAAGCUGCCAAUCAUUGGAGACGAAUUUUAUGACCUUCUCGUAUCUGGGGCUGUUACCUUGGUUGCUGGGGUAAAACGGGUUCUUGAGUCCCAUGUAGAACUCACAGACGGGAACAAACUGGAAGUCGAUGCCAUAAUAUUUGCAAUUGGCUACAACAAGUCCUUUUCACUGUUGGGUCCCUACGAUCCCUCUAGACAUAUGCCCCAGGCAUGGAAAGACGCUCGUGGUUCUACGGGACGACCUCUCCCAAGGCUUUACCAGGGCAUCUUUUCAUUAGAUUUCCCAGACUCUCUCGCCUACUCAGAGAAUGUAGGUCCCACUUUAUCUGCUUCGAUCAACGCGGAUCUGGCGUCAAUGGCCCUGGCCCAGGUCUGGCUCGGAACUUCAAGGUUGCCGUCCGCUAGUGAGAUGGCGAAGAAUGCCGACACACAAAAUCAGAUGGCGAUAUCCCUGGCAAAAGACGGCGAGAUUUUCGAUCCUGCCUUUGUGAAUACUACGGAAUGGAGUAUAUGGGCUGACAGGGCGGCAGGUCUGGGUAUUCAGGACAGAAUUGGGUACGGGUGGAAAUCCUGGUGGCUGUGGUUGACAGACUAUCGUCUAUACAAAACACUUUUGGAUGGAAAGUUUGUGCCACAGGUCUAUAGAAUUUUCGAUGAAGGGAAACGGAAACCGUGGAAAGGCGCUCGUGAAUCGUUUUUCAAGGCCAAUGGAAUGGAUUGA